UGGGUUUUGCGAUACAAAUACUUCAUUCAACAGACAGAAAAAGUUAAUCUCUUGAGAUCUAUCGCUUCCAAUGAGAAGUUAGCCAUAACUUCUGCCAUCAAAGACUUGCCCUCAUGGGUCCACUUUCCGGAUAGAGAAAGAGCCGAAUGGAUCAAUAAGAUUAUGAAACAAAUGUGGCCUUUCAUUCACGAGUACAUGAAGACUGUCAUUAAACAGAGUAUCGAACCAAACAUCACUUCAGCGCUUCCAGACUAUUUAAAGAGUUUCAAAUUUGAAAGAUUAGACUUGGGGUCAGAACCGGCACGCAUUGGAAGUGUUAAAUGUUAUGAUGAAAACACAUCGAGAGAUGAAAUUAUAUUCGAUGUGGAGAUUCAGUUAAGUCUGCAUUAUGCCGGCAAUUGUGACAUUCAGGUGCGGGUAAUGGGCAUGAAAGCAGGCAUUAAGAACUUGCAAUUAUAUGGAUUAAUUCGGGUUGAGUUACGGCCACUACUUAAGGACAUACCACUUGUCGGAAGCGUUUCUUUCUAUUUUCUCAAUAAUCCUGCCAUUGAUUUCAAUUUAACUAAUUUGGCCGACAUUUUAGAUACGCCAGGCGUCAGUAAUUACUUAAGGCAUGCCAUCCAAGAGAAAUUGGCGGCUCUUAUGGUUCUUCCCAACAAAAUCGUUAUCCCACUCAUUGACGGCCUCUCAAUGAAAUCAAUUAAGUGUUUAGCACCGAUUGGAGUCAUUCGGAUGGAAGUGAUUGAAGCGAGAAAUUUAAAGAAGAGUGACGUCGGGAUGUUAGGUCUGGGAAAGAGUGACCCAUACGUGAGGCUCACAAUCGGGAGCCAAGAAUUCAAAUCUGCAGUCAUUUACAAUACAGUGAAUCCCAAAUGGAAUUACAUCUGCGAAGCGGUGGUCUAUCACUUGCACGACCAGAAUAUUGAGAUAGAAGUAAUGGAUGAGGACCAGGGAAGCAAAGAUGACUUCUUAGGCAGAGCUUAUCUCUCACUUAAGGCUAUAUCGGCCGAAGGCAUGAGUGAAUCGUGGCUUACAUUGAAAGACAUAAAAACGGGAGCCAUUCACGUGAGAACCACUUGGUUUGCAUUAAGUGAUUGUAUGGAACAACUCAACGAUUCCGUCGAAGAAAGUAAAUCAAUUAAAUGUAAAUACAGUCCCAUUGAAGGCACUGAUGAAUUCGAUGGACAAACAUGUGGUUCAGUGGCCGUUAUCACAGUGUAUUUGGACGGCGCAAACAAUUUAGCCGUAAUUAGCAAAACAUCGGGAGAGCCCGACCCCUAUUGUCUGAUAUCAGUGGGAAAACAACAGCGACAAAGUAUUGUCCAGAGAUCUACUGCUAAUCCUAUUUGGGAGGAAACCUUCAAUUUUCUCAUUGAAAAUUUCAAUCAAGACUUAGAGUUAACUUUCGAUAUAUUUGACAGCAAAACAAAUCGAGACUUAGGAAGGGCUCAACUGAAGCUCCAGAAUGUUAUUUCAUGUGAUCACUUAUCAUUCAGUCAACCCCUUGCUAUAAAAGGUCGGGGACCUGACUCUAAGCUCAACGUUAAUAUUAUGGUGAGGACAUUAAAACCACAGACAACCACACAUACCGGUGGGCCUCCAGUUAUACUCGAAGAACCCGUUGAUGAAAGUGAGGAAACAAAAGUUCCCACUUUGGAGGACAUCAUCAGAGGUACAGUGCAACCAAUCAUCGAUACGAGUGGUUUGAAAACAAAUUUCAUGGAUAAGUCACAAAUGGAUAGAAAACAUAGCGUUUCGAAAGCUAAUGGGAAUUUGCCCAAAAUUGGUGAUAAGACUCCCAACCCUUACGUCAAGAUAUUUGGUACUCCGGAUAAAAUUUCACGAACUCUUAGAGAUAAUAGUCUUAAGACUGGCACUAAAAGAAACACUUGUCAUCCGAUAUUUGAUGAAAAUUUUCAAAUGGAUAGAAAGUGGAAAGGCGUGGAAAUAGUGGUCUACUCUAGAAGUGGUUCAUCACAUCGUGUGUUCAAAAGAAAGGCUAAAAUAAUAGGAUUGGCGACCAUUGAGUUCACAGCAUUUGCAGAUAACUUUGAGCCCAUUAAAGAGUGGUAUGAUUUGGAACAACUCAAAGAC